CCCCUGGGUCCCACCCGGAGGUUUGAAGCAGCUCGGGCUGGGGCGGCCCCAGAGUCGCGCUCGAGGCGUGGGGUGGUGCUGAGAAGCCGGGACUGUCCUGGAAGGCGCAGAGCGGCGGGAGGCCACUCCAGAGCACCCCGGAGCAGAAGCAGCAGCCGCUACCAGUGUCCGCGGAGCCCACCGAGCUGGCCAUGGCGUUGUCGAUGCCGCUGAACGGUCUGAAGGAGGAGGACAAAGAUCCCAUCAUUGAGCUCUUCGUCAAGGCUGGCAGUGAUGGUGAAAGCAUAGGAAACUGCCCCUUUUCCCAGAGGCUCUUCAUGAUUCUUUGGCUCAAAGGAGUUGUAUUUAGUGUCACAACUGUUGACCUGAAAAGGAAGCCUGUAGACCUGCAGAACUUGGCUCCUGGGACCCACCCACCAUUCAUAACUUUCAACAAUGAGGUCAAAACGGAUGUAAAUAAGAUUGAAGAAUUUCUGGAAGAAGCUCUGUGCCCUCCCAAGUACUUAAAGCUUUCACCAAAACACCCGGAAUCGAAUACUGCUGGAAUGGACAUCUUUGCCAAAUUCUCUGCAUAUAUUAAGAAUUCAAGGCCAGAGGCUAAUGAAGCAUUGGAGAGAGGGCUCUUGAAAACACUGCAGAAACUGGAUGACUAUCUGAAUUCUCCCCUUCCUGAUGAAAUUGAUGAGAAUAGUAUGGAGGAUAUUAAGUUUUCCACACGUAAAUUUCUGGAUGGCAAUGAAAUGACAUUGGCUGAUUGCAACCUGUUGCCCAAAUUGCACAUCGUCAAGGUGGUGGCCAAAAAAUAUCGCAACUUUGAUAUUCCAAAACGGAUGACCGGCAUCUGGAGAUACUUAACUAAUGCUUAUAGUAGGGACGAGUUCACUAAUACCUGUCCCAGUGAUAAGGAGGUUGAAAUAGCAUAUAGUGACGUAGCCAAAAGACUUACCAAGUAAAAGAGCACUUAGAGAGAGAUGUCUUCACAUCUUUUCCUGAUUACGAAUAUGCUUUUUCUAACAGGCUGAUUCUUGUCCUAUAAAGUAGACAUUUUAUUUUGCAUGACAAUGGCAGUUACUCAAGGUUAGGAUAAAGGAUAGAUAAGGUGUAGUAGCUCUCUUUAAACAUGCACUCCUAAGCAGUAUUAUUUUAAAUUUUUUUACCCUGCCUACCUCCCCUACCCCAUAUCCUCCACUCUUCUAAUUCGGAGACACUUCGCAAACUUUCUCCUUCAGAGGCGGUUUGCCAUCUCUCUAGAGCCCUCGCCUCCAUUCACUGUGUACAGGUGGCAGGGCUGCUGAGGUGCGGGGUUCAACUGUUGACAUAGUAACCACGACCUCAUCGGUCAGCCCCAAACUGGUGCAUAAUGCGUGGUACAAGGAAUAUUUAUGUAUUUUUGGAGUUGUAUAGUAUUUAGUAAGAGUAUAUGAAAGGAUUGCUACUGUAUCAAAAUACUGUACCCUGUUUCAGUUUAGUCUAUCCUGGAUAUGUACUAAAAGCUGUACCACCAGGCAAGAGGGCCUUCUACCGAUGUCACUACAGAUUUUGCUCUUUCACUUUGUACGUGGGCUUUUACUUUUCCAAAAGCACCUAUCCAUUAUACCAGUUAUAACAUCUGACACUGUGUAGAAGCUAAAAGUUUAGAGGGAGGGAUAAUAUUCUCAGUCCUUCUCGAGAAUUUUAUCCAUGUAAGAUAAACCGAUGGGCAUAUUCUGUCUGAAUGUGGUGUUUGCUAUAUGUAAUUUUGCCCAGUGCCAUUAAUUUGGAACAUUAUUGCUUUCUUCCUUUAUUUUAAAAGGCUCCUUUUUAGGUAAACGUAGACCUUGCUGUUUGUCGAUCUUUUGAGCAACACUACGUAUACUGAUGUUUAGUUGAUUUAGCUAUAGCAGUACAAUGAUUAUUAGCAAAGUAAAAAUUAACACGGAAAUUAACCUAAUGAAGGUAGGAUGGGUUUGUCAAACUAUCAAGUAGAAUUUUGUUUCGAAAGCAUACUUAAUGUGGGUAAUCUAAAGACGGCAUUUUCCACCCUAUAUUAAAAAUAAGAUAAAACAUACAGAUUAGCAGCUUUUCCAUUCCGCCCCCAUUUACUGUUAGGCUCUGGGUAGAGGAUGACUCCCUCCUUUUGGACUAAAUUAUAAUUGUUACAUGAGUACAUAUUUACUGCAGUUUUGCCUAAUGUCAGUCAUUGUGUUUCCUUCAAUUAAAUUUCUCUGCAGCCACACUGAGGAAUAGCACCCUGCAUGUUUGUUUUUUAAAUUGAAUUCCUAAACCAGGAAUUAUUUGUGCUCUAAUAAGGGAGAAUGAACUUGGUGAAAAUAAAACAGAAGCUUGCUGUGUAUUUGUUCAUUUUUAAAAUAAAAUUAGACUUUCUAAGUAUUGCUCCAAAGGUGGAGCAAUAAAUAAAUUUUUGGUAAUUUUUUUAUACCUAACUUGCUUAAGAAGUGCUGUUUCUCAUAGGUGGUUUUUGGAAAUUUUAAGUAUAUUGUUUUCAACUGGGAAUGAUUCCCUCCCUUUGGUAUGCUAACAUUCAGUAAGCACUGAUGUUAUGGAAGCAGCCUGAUUUUUCAAAGCAUACUGCAUUUUUUAACCUAUCAGUGAUUAGCUUAGUAGAAAAAGAUAAGAAAAGCUCCAUAUUGUACCCGUUUGGCUCAGGGAGAUUUGCUUUACCUUUCUUAAAACUCCUUAUUGCUGAUCAAAAGUUUGGGCACCCACCUUUUUGCAAUUAAAUAUUGGCUGCUGAUUUAUCUGUUUCCAGGAAGUAGCGCUAUCAGGUUAUCUACUGAGAUUCUAUAGCAGUUGCUUCAGUGGGUGAAAAACGUCGCAUCUGCACCAGUACACAGCCAAGGCAAUCAUCACUUUUCAUCUAUUUUUAAAUAGUGGUGACUUGGCAUUCAGGUGAGACUGAAUCUUGCCUUGUAGCUUCAAGCGUGAAGAAGAUUCAGAAGAAGGGGUGUCUGUCCUUUCCAGGGAAUGGUGAACUAGGCGGUGCAGAGCAGACGGCUAAGGAACAAGGAGCCGCGUUCCUCAGAGUGAUGAGAAACACAUUCUGAAACUCAGUUGUCAAGUAUUUUUACCUUGGACAUUUAUUCUCUCUCUCUUUUUUAAAAUAAUGUGUCCCCUGACUCUCUUGCCUUCUCAGUGUCCAAGGAAGUUAGGUCAAUUAGGAUUUGAUGAAGGCAAAAUUAUUUCUCUGUAUAGAAGGACCUUAUUGCUUUAUCAGGGAAGUUAGAUGAAACUGAGAUUGGCAAGUGGACAGAACCCAGAAAACAGGAUGCCCCCAGCAAAUGCUUUUUUAACCCAUCUUAUAUUUGUAGAAAGUUCAUAGCUUAAAUCUUAGGAGAUUUGGGAAUAAAAGUCACCAUGUAGUGUGUGGAUUGAUAAUGGAAAUCAUCUGAUAUUAUUUCUGCAACUACUCCAUCAUUUACCCCUUCAUUGAAACCAACGAGGAGCUCCUGAAUGGAAGUGCCUGCUAUUUCCCAAGGGAUUCUGCUAAGUUUUGUGUUCAACCGUUGGAAAGCUCCCUGCUGUUUCAGUUGGUGACUUCUUUAAAAAAAAAAAAAAAAAGGAAAUGCAGGUUUUUGUAUACAGUUUUGUUCUCUUUUACUAGAAUUGUUGACGUGAUAAAAUUCAUGUAAGAUUUUAUUUCUUGGUAACUUUGGCUUACACAACAUACCUGUAAACCCUUGAGCAAUCUGUAUACAAGUAAGAGAUUUCUGACAUUUAUUCUUACACUAAAUUGAUUAGCUCUAGAAUUUAGGCAGUGUUACUUCUGUUGAGUUUUGAAUCUCCAGGGUUGCAUGUAGAUAGCUUUUGUUUCUGUGCAUUUAAAAUAUCCAUUUAGAAAAUAUAAGGUAAAAAUGAUAAGAAACGAACGUAUUUUUUCAUGAACAUUUUGUACACAUUUCAUCAAGUUAUUAUCAACCAAUUUCCUACACUGGUUAUAACUGUAUUUGAUUCAAAGAGAGGGAAGCAUUCAUUAUUGAUAUACUAUAUGGGCUUUUUUAUUCCAUUCUUUACAAAUUACCAAGGUUGAGGGCUGUCAAAAUUAUAUUUUUAUCAUGGAAAAAAAUUUCAACUCCCUAAGUCAUAAUGUUGAACAGAAUUGGAGUAUUUUCUUUAGAAUUACUUGAAAAGGCAAAUGAAAGCUUAUUAUAGAAUGCUUGUAUUUUUCUUUUGUCUCUCUGGAACCAGUAUAUUGCUGGCAGCUAUUGUAUUAAAAUAAAGUAUAUUUUCACUAUCAUAAAAA